UAACACUCGUCAUCCGUCGGCGUGGCUUUGAUGUCGCGAUGUUCGAAAACCGUAGUGACAGUGACAGUUCUUCACCGGUGUACCGCGAACUACCAUCGCCAGAAUACCACCACUACCACCAGUCCAAAUUGAUGGACCUGACCAACUCCAACGAGAAGUUCCUGCCCACGGUACUGCCGCACCAAGAAAUGGUCCCCUACGGGUACUACCACCACAAGGAGAUGCAAAGACACCAGGAGAUGCUCUUCUACGACGAGCACAAAGUCUUCGAGGAGGAACGCAAACUCGAGUCGCCGCAGUACCCGGAUUCCAGAGGACAGUACGACUUCGUGACCCCUUUCAUCAAGAUCGAGCCCGAAGAGGAAGUACCGGUGAUGAAAUCGCGCGCGUUCGGGCGAAAAAGGAAAAGCAUCUCAUCCGACGAAGAGAACUCCUUCCAGAGCGCCAAGAACAAGUCGCGACGGAAAGCGCCGCAGAGCUACGAAGACAUCCAGCACCAGAGGGUCAUGGCCAACGUGCGGGAGCGCCAGCGGACCCAGAGCCUCAACGAGGCCUUCGCCAGCCUGAGGAAAAGCAUUCCCACCAUGCCGUCGGACAAGCUGUCCAAAAUCCAGACGCUGAAACUCGCCGCGCGGUACAUCGACUUCUUGUACAACGUGCUGUCCAAUGAGAACGUGCUGGACGUGGAUCUCAUCGGGAACGUGUCGUCCUUCGUCGUUCGAGAUCGUCUGCUGAAGGCUUUCACCAGGUGGCGGAUGGAGGGUGACUGGAGCGACUGCAACUCCCAGUGAUGUGUAAAAAUUCGAGUAAUUAACUUCGUCGCAAAGAAUUUUCUUUUUAUAGGUAACUCACAAAGGACCUAUUUUUGUACUUUUCGGGGUUCUGUCGAACUGGUCGUUUUGGCUUAGUGGGGGGUGGCGUGACACUUGUGAUCUAGUAUAAUAAACAGUUUGGUGUUUUUGCCUGGGCGCACCGAGGAAAAAAUGUAUAAUAUAAUAUGAUAUGAUGAGAACGAUUCGGUGCAGCUGUUGGGCUUUUUUCAGCUUCACACGCAGAAAAAAUGCGACCAUUAAGUUGGGGCUUCUUGAAUUUCAUGGAAAAUUCGUCGUGGCGUUAGUUGUUUGUAAGAUAUUUAUUAUUCCAAAAGUUACCGGUUAAGUCCCAGUGCCACUUGUAUUAUAGGCUAGGAUUAAGGUCUCAAGUAUUGUUAAAUAAGUUUUUUACCAAAAUUAUUACAUAGUGUAUUUAUUUUUGUUGAAAUAAAAUAUUUUUUAUACAC